CUCAGAGCGCGGCGAGGCCUUAGCGCGGCAGACGGGCUCGCGGCGGCGGGGUCCGAGGAAGAGGCGCGGCAGCCGCCCUGGCCCCGGUAUGGAGAUGGAGAAGGAGUUCGAGCAGAUCGACAAGGCCGGGAGCUGGGCGGCCAUUUACCAGGACAUCCGACACGAAGCCAGCGAUUUCCCAUGCAGGGUGGCAAAGCUUCCUAAGAACAAAAACCGAAACAGGUACCGAGACGUCAGUCCCUUUGACCACAGUCGGAUUAAAUUGCACCAGGAAGAUAAUGACUACAUCAAUGCCAGUUUGAUAAAGAUGGAAGAAGCCCAAAGGAGCUACAUCCUUACUCAGGGCCCCUUACCAAACACUUGUGGCCACUUCUGGGAGAUGGUGUGGGAGCAGAAGAGCAGGGGUGUGGUCAUGCUCAACCGAGUGAUGGAGAAAGGGUCGUUAAAAUGCGCCCAGUAUUGGCCACAGAAAGAAGAGAGAGAGAUGGUCUUUGAGGAUACAAACUUGAAGUUGACACUGAUCUCAGAAGACGUCAAGUCCUAUUACACAGUACGGCAGUUAGAGUUGGAAAACUUGACUACUCAAGAAACUCGAGAAAUCUUGCAUUUCCAUUAUACCACAUGGCCUGACUUUGGAGUCCCUGAAUCGCCAGCCUCGUUCCUGAACUUUCUUUUCAAAGUCCGAGAGUCGGGGUCACUCAGCGCAGAGCACGGCCCCAUUGUAGUGCACUGCAGCGCAGGCAUCGGCAGGUCGGGGACCUUCUGUCUGGCUGACACCUGCCUGUUGCUGAUGGACAAGAGGAAAGACCCCUCCUCUGUGGACAUCAAGAAAGUGCUGCUGGAGAUGAGGAAGUUCCGCAUGGGGCUGAUCCAGACAGCCGACCAGCUGCGCUUCUCCUACUUGGCUGUGAUCGAAGGGGCCAAGUUCAUCAUGGGUGACUCCUCGGUGCAGGACCAGUGGAAGGAGCUCUCCCAUGAGGACCUGGAGCCCCCUCCCGAGCACGUGCCCCCACCUCCCCGGCCACCCAAGCGAAUCUUGGAGCCACACAAUGGGAAAUGCAAGGAAUUCUUCUCUAACCACCAGUGGGAGAAGGAUGGAGAUGGGCCCAUCACAGAAGAAAGCAGAGUCCCCGUAAAUGCCACCCACAGCAUGGGCAGCACGAGUCAAGACACUGAAGUUAGAAAGCGGAUGGUGGGUGCAAGUCUGCACAGCACCCAGGCUUCUGUCGCCAAGGGGCAGGUGUCCCCGCCCGAGGAGGAAGAACAGAAGGUGCACGCGACGCCAAGUCACUGGAAGCCCUUCCUGGUCAACGUGUGCAUGGCCACAGUCCUGGCAACUGGUGCCUACCUGUGCUACCGGCUGUGCUUCCACUGACGGACGUGCCGGCGAGGCGUGCGUGCGUGCGCAGGAGGCGCUGGGCGCUGCCCAUGCUGGGGUUUGGUUCUGGAGCCUCCGAGCCAGCCUCGGAGGAGCAGCUCGCAGGCUCUCUAGUGGAACUGGAAGGGCUGACAGAGGACGGAGGAUCGAUGCACUGGGGUUUGAAGGAGCCCUGUGGUCCCAGGAAUACAAGAGUCUAAUCUCAGGGCCUUAACCUGUUCAGGAGAAGUAGAGAAAAUGCCAAAUAAUUCGCACUCUCGCUCGCUCUCCUCACCUCUUUCUCUCUCUCAUCUCUUUGUGUUUGUUUUGAAAAAAUAGAAUGACAACACAUUGUUGUUUUUAACCUUUAUAAAAAGCAGCUUUUUUGUUGUUUCUGGAAAAAAACAGAUGACUGGGCACUUAGGAAGCUUUCUUGAACCCUUCAGUAGUGAAUUGGAUUCACAGUCUACAAUUGAUUUCCCAGGGAAAGAAUCCCCAACUGCCACGAAUGUAACUUGCCGGCUCGGCCCGGGCAGCGCGCAGCUGACUGCACCCUGGGCCUGGAUGGUGCCUGGAGCCGCCCCGUCCUGAGGAGAGAAAUGAUGCAGGCAUCUCUAGAAAGCAAGCCGGCUUCUGCUUUGCUCAGGGUGUCCCUCCUGUGUCCCUUUGCGCGCUCGCUCGCUCGCUCUCCAUUUCUCCUGUAGCUGCCAUUGCACGUGCGCACCUCACCCUGUCAGAGGCUUUCCCCCAGGGCCUUGCCUCGGGGUUAGCUUCACCACCUGCUGGUCGCCAGCAUCCCACCCUGCUGUUUCCACUUCUCAUGGAAAAGAAAUGCCACCACCGUAGAACCCGCACCUGUGAGGUGAGCUGAUGACGGGGCAAGGCAGGCAGAGCCUGGGCCUCACGGGCCUUCUGCCUCACGUUUCCCUUCAUCCAGGGACCAUCUUCUAGCGCACCAGAUGGCUUAGAAAAUGUAGACACUUUGUCCUCAGGGUGGUUUCUUUAGAGUCAGGAUUCUCAAAACAUAGUUUCAGACCCUUAGCUCUGUCCCUGCGGAGGUGCGUGUGGCCUGGGUGGCGUACGAGCUGGGCAGUGCUGUGCUGCGAGUCUGUGCCCAGCUGCGCCGCUUGCUUCCCGCUGGCUCCUGAUGCGCAGCCACACACGGCCCGGCCUUCCUCUCCCGGGCCUGCCUGGCAGGAAGCUGGCUGGGAAGGACACUUACUCCACACUAAGCCCCCGUCGGGCCAUGUGUCCUUUUCCUGCUUUUCCCUGUCUGCCUCCUUUAGUACAGGGCCACCACCAUCUUCGUGAGAACCAGGGAGAGGUGGAGAGCCAGGGAGCCGGUGCUGGUGUGCCGCUCGCCCACCCCGGUGCGCCCUCGUGCCGCAGGCCUGUGCCUCUGCUCGGCGUCUGCCGUCCUGUUCACCAUAUUUAUUUACCCCCCCCCCCCCCGCAUCCACACUGCACUAGCAUUUUCUGAAACCAGUAAUGUAUUAAGAUGUUUCCAUGUCGGCCUGGCCUUCCAGGGCUCCAUCAAGGAGGACAAUAAGAAACACCCUCAGGUCAUGCUGGGAGCCCACAGUGAUGCCAGGUGCUGGGCAGAGAUUUGGGAAGGGGGACCGUGGGCAAUGUGGAAGAAGCCCCUGGCUGUCUCACAUGCAUCACAGUGUGCAAGGACUUGGGCUGGCUCUUCUGCCCGCCGCCUUUCCCAGGCAUUACUCCACGUCGACAUGAGUCCUGCGCCUCUGCACGAUGGGACUGGUACGAGACCACAGCCCCAAGGCCAUUGCUGCAGUAAUUGCCACUCCGUGUGAAAGUGACACUGGUGACUUCCAGUCCUGGCCUGGUCCAGCCAGGCCCCACUGUAACUCUGACAUUCCAAGGUUAUGGCCAGCCAUAUUCACACCUCAUGCCCUGGACGUCUAGAAAAGCAGGGCUCCCCUUCCCACCCCUGGGGUCAGCCGCCUCCGUUCCAAGUUCAUGCUCUGCUGGAGCAGACCAGGAUCUGGAAUCAAGGCAACUGGGAGCCACCCUCCUGGGACAGCCUGGGUGACAGCUCUUAGAGUCAGUCUGCUGCCCCGGUCACCUAGUCAAGGGGUGAGGGUGCCUGCCGCCCUUGAGCCCCAUGGGGACUGACGGUGCUCACCACUCUUCCUGCGAGGGGAACCUAAGGCCUCCACAUUUGGUGGCAUUUUUUAAUAAGAAAAAGGCAGCUGGAGCCCCCGAGCUGCUCUCUUGCCAGCAUUUUCACAUUUUGCCUUUCUCCGGAGAAGCCACAGUGCAGAGCGACUCUGGUGGGACUGUGGAGGCUGAGCCUGCAGAGCCCAGGGAGGUGUCAGCGGAGCAGCCUGCAGAGCCCAGGGAGGUGUGGGUGGGGCCAGGGGCCAGGCUGCGAGCAUUUGGCUGUGGGCUUGUUUUCUGAAGUCCUGCAUCUGUAGUAGCUGAGGUUUCUGUGCGGUGGUGGCCUUCUAGACAGCCGCACUGGUUAGCUCCUGCCCCGAGAGCUCUGCCGUCACGUUAGAGCUAGCAAGCUGCUCUGCCUAUGCCUUAAGCCGUCAUCUACUCAGCAGGUCGUUCUUUUUACAGUGGCCAUGGACUAAACCAUUUUUACAAAAAUAGAAACCAACAAAAAGUGGGGUGUUUGGUAUAAUCCCUUUCCAGGUAUGGGUGCAUGCAGGCAGGGGACCUCUGGGUCUUCUGUUGGGCACUUGCCCAGCCACCCUGUCAGCAGUGAGUUAUGUUCUAGUUGCAACAAUAAAAUGGUUUCCUUAAA